AUGUCGGGAUCACAGCUCAGCCUCGCAGACUAUAUGAACGAGAUGCGGAAGUCCAAGGCUCGCGCGGUUGGGAAAGAAAACCAUCUCGUAAUUCCAGCCAGGAAGAGGAAGAGGGACGAUGAGGAAAUCUCUUCAGACGGCCCUCGUUCGAAGAAAGGGAGUCAGCAAGCGCGACUCUCUUUUGGAAAUGGAGAGCGACGUGCAGAAUACACCAACUCGUACAGUACCAUUGGACGCGGAGUCUCUGUUCUCAAAGCUAUUGCUAAACAACCCCCCGUUCAGGACGUCAAAGGGAAAGCCAAGGCCAGCAGCUCCACGCCGAGUGCGUCGAAAGGAAAACCUCUUACUCAAGUUCUCGAUACACCGCAGUCCCUUAACCGGCCAACGCUGCUUGCGUCCCGUCGUAAAGGGGAAAAGACAACAUCUCAUAUCGCUAUCGCCUACGAUACCAUAUCCCAUGCCAUCCAGAGUUCGCCUCGAAGCUCUCAGCUGUCUCUAAAUGACAGUGAGCAGCCUAAGAUGACGAUACCCACCCCUCCUCACAGUUCCCUUCCUCGUAUCAACUUCCGUAGUCCACGGUUUGCGUUCUCCCGUGGUGUUUCUUCUCCAGCUGCUUUCCGCAAUGGUGUGAAUGCGGAAAUUGGAUUCACUCCUAGGACGCCGUCGCGUCGUCGAAGGGGCCGAAACUCUCCGUCCGAGUCUCUAGACUUUGAUAUCGUGCCAGAGACGCCCCAGAAGCAUGGUUUCGAGGAUCGAUUUGGGAGAUGUGGACGGGCCAGUCAAUCAAAUCUAACAGGUUCACUGGGUGGGGCCAGUUCGUCCCUCAGUGAUUUUUUCCGUCCAGCGCAUGGACAUCGCGGCGAUGACCCCGAGACCAGCGGGGCCAACUCCGUUUCAUCACUCUCACCUGCUACAGACGACUCCGAGGAUCCUUUUUUGGUACUGAACCAAUUCUCUAUUCCUUCUUCUCAAACCCCAGAGGAGCUGGCAUCUUUUCCCACUGCCGGCGCGGGUUUAUUCUCGACCACGUUGAAUUCAUCCAAGUCCGUUAUCGGGUCCUCGGACAAUGUCAAAAAACUUGAUCAUAAUAUUGCCGCCGAUGCACGCUCUCCUUCGCGAGGACAGCGAGUGUCCUCUUCUCAGGUGGUUCCAUCGUCUCAGACACAGGAGCUUAGCCCGCCUAAACGACGAGUACUUGACCCAGGCCAAAGUAAGGUGGACUCGGCUCAAGAGUCAGAGAGUUUCUGCGAGGAAAGCUCCCAAGAUGUCCCAACCUCGCAAACACAAAGCGAGGAAGAGCUGGUCGGCUCUGAGAGGCUGGGCGAACCGAUCCUCUGCCUAUCCGCUCCAGAAAUCACGAAGCGCAGUCCUACUCCGCCGACUCAUGCAGAAACACCUGCCACGCCCGAUUUAUCUCGUCGCUCCAACCUGGUCGAAUCCCUGGACCAACUUGAUUCAGUAGAACAGUCCUUCCCUGAACUCUAUACCUCACCAGUACGCAUACCUUCCUCGUAUGCUACUUCCUUUAGUCUGGAGAGGAACGACACACAAGAGUCAUUCACUCUACCUUCACCCAUUCGCCAAUUCAAAGACAUGUUCGAUGAGGAGCAUAGUUGGCCCCAGUCAUAUCAGCAAGGCUCCUCGACAUGUCCUCAUACUCGUCAUCCCGAAAAUGUGGAUGUCAUCAGGAAGACAGUCGGUAACAUGGUCCCCCCGAGUACACCAUCUAAGGGGCAAAGCCAGGGGGAUUCGGCGACCGAACCUGACUCACCUGGUGCCAUUUCCACAUUUAUGGAGAAACUGAAAGACGGACGAAGAGCGCAAGGUCAGCAGAGUCUCGGAAGCAAGCUAUUGACAAACGGAGGAGCAGUCGCCGGUAGCGCGAGAUCCAGGCGGACUUACGAGAACCUUUUUACUCCUGGAGGUGCACCAUUCGACACCGACGGUGAAUCCCCAGAUGACGGGUUUCCUCUUAGUAUUCCUGACAUCUCCGAGUCGGGCCUGGACUCCAGUUGUCCGGUCGGCACCCAGGGAACAAGCCCAGAGUCCCUCCCGUCCCCAAUGAAGAAAUUCCUCGGCGCGUUCGGAGGUGAAGGUAGCUACCCUAAUGAUUUUCCCGAGUCGUUGCAGUGA